UUACUGGGUCUGUUUAUGCUGUUUAUGUCAUUGACGCUAGUCAAUGUCACGAAAACAUUUACAUCAUAUUCAACUCGUCCGGAUUGCUAGUGUAUAGAUAUACUAAUUAUGAGUAUAAUACUGCAACUUUAGAUGUAAAUAGCAAAACAUGUCUAAUAAAAUACUCAACAUUUACGGAAAAUCAAAACUUCUAAAAGUUAAAGGUCCAUCACGUCCUCCUUAUUCGUCUCCAGUGCCUUUCAUCUGCCAUCAAAAACACAAUUUAAUAUCAGAAACUUAUUUAUAUCAUCAUCAUCUUGCCUGUACAACUUUACCUUUAAACAUAUAUAACUCCUUUUAUUUGAAAAUAAAUAUCCGUCAUUUUCACUCAUCUUAUAACAAUAAAUCUAAAGAACCUUCUAAAGUUGAAGAAACUGUCAAAGUCCUAAAAGAAGAAAAAAAAGUGAAAGAAGGAGUUGAGAGUGAAGGAACUGUGUUCAAAUCUGAAUCAGCAGCUGCAGUAAGCAUACCUGAAAAGCGUUCUCUUGGCAAAAAAAUUUGGGAUGAGAUUUUGCACUACUACCAUGGUUUUCGGUUGCUUUUUGUUGGCAUAAAAAUUUCUACAAGGCUAGUCUUCAAAGUUGCAAGAGGUGAAGAAUUAACCAGAAGAGAGCACAGGCAGCUUGUUCGGACAGUGUCUGAUCUGUUUCGACUUGUGCCCUUCUCUAUAUUCAUCAUUGUCCCUUUUAUGGAGUUUUUAUUACCAGUAUUCGUGAAGUUUUUCCCGGCUAUGUUGCCAUCUACAUUUGCAACAAAAUCAGAAAGGGAGCUAAAGUUCCGGAAAGGGUUAAGAAUGCAAAUUAAAAUGGCAAAAUUUCUCCAAGAUACUCUGAAUGAAAUGGCAGUUAAGACAAAAGGGGAAACUCAUUCUCUUACAGCUAAAGAAUUUGCACAGUUUUUUGAAAAAAUCCGAAUGACUGGAGAGGAAGCUAGUAAUGAGGCUAUACUGAAAUUUUCAAAGCUUUUUGAAGAUGAAAUUACUCUUGACAGUUUAGCCAGGGCUCAACUCAUAGCACUAUGCAGGCUAUUGGAAUUGCAGCCCAUUGGAACAAACAAUUUCCUAAGAUUUCAAUUACGUAACAGAAUAAGAAAUUUAAGAGCAGAUGAUCGGAUCAUUAUGAAGGAAGGGAUUGACUCCAUGAACAUCCAAGAGCUUCAAGCUGCUUGCAGAGCCAGAGGAAUGCGUGCCCUUGGUGUCACCGAAGAGCGACUGAAAUCACAGCUCAAAAAGUGGUUGGAGCUAAGCUUACUGGAGAACAUUCCAUCUUCUCUUCUCUUGUUAUCCAGAGCCCUCUGUCUUCCUGAAAAUUUACCAGUUGCAGAUCUACUGAAAAUUACUCUUUCUUCUUUGUCAGAAACAGCUGCUACUGAAACUAAACUGAAGAUUGGUGAAAUGGAAGGCAAAGUUGACAAUAAAACUAAACUGGAACUCCUUAAGAAACAGGAAGAGGAAAUUAAGAAAGAAGCUGAGGAGUUGAAGCAGUUGAAACUGGAAACCGAGCAAAAGAAAGAAGAAUUGAGUAAGAAAGAAAAGGCAGCAGAAUUGGAUGAAUGUGACAAGGAAUUUCUUUUGGAUAAAGCUAAAAUUAUUGAAGAUUGUGCUGAGUUAUUGGAAAAAUCUCCAUCUGAAGCCAAGGAAAAUGAAUUCUCCCAAGAAGACUUCAAGGAAAUUGAAAGUGCUCUAGAAAACAUUGCUGCUGAAAAGAAUAAAUUGAUCAUUGAAAAGGAAGAAAUUGAAGAUUUGAAAGAAGAAAUGGCUGAGUACAAACAAGAUAUUAAAGAGCUUCAAGAUGUAGUCCUUGAAACAGGACAUAAAGAAAUACAUGAGUCAAAAGCAGCCUUAAGGUUAUCCAAAAGAGUGGAUAAAAUGAUAUCCGCUAUGGACCAUCUUCUUGAUGGUCUCAACAGAGACACUUUGCAACAACAGAUUCAUAGCAAAGUGAAAGAAGGUGUCAGCAUCGGGAAAGAGAGAGAUGACAUCAUAGGUAUCAAUGAGUUGGUUCUUGCCAUCAAACGGAUUCAGAAGGUGUCGGAUGACACCAGGCUCCAGAGGAUAGCCGAUGUUCUGGAGAAAAUGGAUGUAGACCAUGAUGGAGCUGUAGAGAUUGAUCAUGUGUUGAAGUUGAUCGAGAUUCUCAGAGAGGACAAUGUGAAGGUCACACCAGAGCAAAUGAAGGGCAUCAUUGACCUCCUGGUGAAAGAGAAAGCCCUUGAACUGGAGGAGAAACUCAUGAAGGAGAAUGUUGCUGAUGGGAAGAAGAUGGAAGAACAGUCAAAUAAAUAAUGCUGUGAUAUCCAGUGAUUUUAUUAUUUAUUAGAGAUUGCACAGUGGCCAUUUGCUGUAUCAUUCAAAACAUUUUAUAUUAGAGCUCAAUGUGUAAUAAUCUAUAACGUCAUGUGAGUGGUGGCUCCUAGUUCUUUUAACCAAAUAAUUGAUUUUUUUUUUAAUUGUGUAAAAUCUUUUUUGUACAUUGUCUGUAAAGUAUAACAAAUCUCAGGUUUGAACUUGUACCCAUCAUUUAAAAGCUAUGAAAUCAGUGUAAACCACUUGAUAGAAUUGGGUUACAUUCACUAGUUUGUUAAACACACAAUGAAUCUUGCGGGGGUACUUACGAAGAUCUGGAUGGUCGCCAAAGGUUAUCGCCAAGUAGUAAAGAAAGUGAGGGAUAGCUCACCGACGUCGGUUACCCAUUCGUUUCUCCCUGCGAAUGAUAUGAACCACCGAUCGUUUAGGUGUGAAGCAGUUCUUGUGCAUCCGCUUUAGCAAAUAGUUCUUAAUCUUUUUUUUGGCCUUCUCUGUAAUGCGGUUAUUCGUUCUUGUACAUCCGUUCUUGUUUAUUUUUAUUUUUUUGCCCUCGCUGUCGCAUAAAGUUCCAUUGAAUAAUGAUAUUAUUAAGGAAAAUGAAUAAUUAAAGUUCCGUUAUAUGCUAAUUAGUAAAUUAAUUACUUAUAUAAUUAAACUGCUUUUUUUUAAAAAAAUAAAUUACUCCCUAUAUCAAUAAUAAUAAUUUAUUAUUUUUUUGGCUGUAUUUUAAAUAUUUAGUAUCGCUUGUUUAGUUGCUUUCUAUUCUUGAAGUUGUAUUGAAUAAUUAUUUCCUGCAUUAUUUUCAAACUUAUAUUUUAUAACAAUUUAUAUUUUCUCUUCCUUUUCAAUUCAAGUUUCGGUUUGUGCUUACAUUAUCCCUGUUCCAGUUACAUCUAUGUAAUCUUUAAGCUUCUUUUGUUCAUUAUAAUGAUAUUUUUGUGUGUUUCUUUUUAGAAAUUAGGCUGAAAAACUCAGAUACAUAGGGGAAAAGUGCCUAAAAUUUUCAUAGAAUCGGCGAAAACAAAUUGCAUUUUUUUAAUUUUUUGAUUAUGUAUUUUUAUGAUAAUAAAAAAAAACAAUCAGUA